GGAGGAUAAGAUGCCAUGGGUGCCACAGGAGGGACAGCGCUUUACGUCUGCUCUGUUCUCUUCUUCCUCACAGACGUCAGCUCUGAGUUCAUCCACAUCCCUACAUUAGUCCAUCAUGGUAUCGAAGGGAAGCCCCUGCUCCUGUCUGUUGAGACUCACUUCUUAUUGGAUGACGUUGAGAUCCAGGGAACUUGGUCCCACACGAGGCCGAGUGGCACCAGAGCCACAUUAGUGACAUUUACUAAAGAGUCCACAAUCAUUGACAUGAUGUACCGGAACCACCUCCUCUUUAAAGGACCUAAUGUUUCUAUGCUGAUCCAGAAAUUAAACCCAGACGAUGAGGGCAAUUACACGCUGGAUCUCAACAUUGAGUUUCAUAACAAGACAGGACUGGUUAUAAAGGAGAGGAGAACUGUGCAAGUAACAGUUGAUGUUCCUGUGUCAUCUCCAGUCAUCAAGAAGAACCCGUUGAAUGCAGUAAUUGAGGACAAGGCGAACGUGACCUUGUCUUGUUCUGUCGAAAGAGGAACAAGAGUUGUUUUCCAGUGGUUGAGGGACAACAUAGCACUAGGCCACAGUGACAGAUACCACUUCUCCAAAGACAACUCCACACUGUUUAUCAGUCCAGUGAGGAAAGAGGACAAGGGAACAUACCGAUGUGUGUCCAGCAAUCCUGUCAGCCCGGGUCAAUACAGCAAGGCUGUGGAACUCAAUGUCUACUAUGGCCCUUACAACCUGGAGGUGAACUCAGGCCAGGGACUGCGGACAGGGGAAGUGUUCACCAUCAACCCCGGAGAGCUGGUCUUCUUUGAAUGCCAGGCUGAUUCCAACCCACCCAACAGCUACGUCUGGAUCUCCAAGAGCCGCAACUCCACCCAAGUCAUCACGGAGGGCCCGCGGCUGGAAGUGCGCUCCUACAGAUUGGCUCAGGCUGAGGAGUACCUGUGCCGAGCCUUCAACAACGUGACGCAGAAGCAGGACGAGGCCCAGUUCACUCUAGUGGUGGCCAGCUUAGGACCAGGAAAAGAGAAGCACAUCCAGGAUGACAGCCCUGUGUCUCCUCUGGCAGCCAUUACUGUCUGCUCUUUAUUUAUCAUCGGCUGUAUGCUGCUGUUCUUCCUCAGGAGAACCUGCCAUCCUAAAAGAGUGCUAAUGAGUAUUUAUAACAGGCCGCUUUCAGAGCAGAAACGACCACAUCGUUCAGGUCAUGAGGAUGCAACAGAAGACUUUGGCAUCUAUGAAUUUGUGUCCAUACCUGGGAAGAUGGAAUCUGCACAGGCCUCAUGCAGAUCUCUGGCUCGCCUCGAGUCUGUUCAGGAUAUGCACACCACCAUCUAUGAUGUGAUCAGACAUGUUCCUGAAACCCCAAGCCACAGUUUGCUGAAGUAACUUUAAACAGGAGCUGUUUGGCGUUGUUUCACUUGAAGACUCUGGUGUAGCUUUAUUCUCUUCAAUCUCAAAGCCGGAAACUGGAUUUGAUGGCCCACUUUUUUGCACAAGAGAUGAAGGAGAGUCGUGGCCUGAUCGUGCACUGUUAUUCCCCACAGUUUGGGACAUUUUUGAAAUAUGCUUUUAUGACAUUAUUGUGAGAUGAAAGUGUUUGUAUGGCUUGAAUUCAGUCUAUUUAUGUUGUAUGCCGAAAGCUGUAACAUUUUGUUCUUUUUUUUUUUUUUGAAUGAAUAUAAUUAGUUACUUUAAAACAUUUUGGAGACCAAGAUGGUUCCAACUCCCCUUAGCUUAAAAUCUAUUUAAAAUAAUUUAACUCUAAUAAGAUUUUUUAUUCAUAAUAUUAAUAUUGUGUAAUUUGACAUCCCUGCUAAGAGAGCCUGUUUUAUUAGAAGACAAGUGUUAUGAUGAAUGUUUUUCUUGUAUGAAAUAUAUAUAUAACUGUAAAUAUUGUAUAUUUAUUAUACUGCAGAUUCUCUAUACCUAUUCUAUUUCUUUGCUUUGUCCAAAUCUAUUUAU